GCUCAGGGAAAUGAAGAAUGCUCAUUUGAUUACUUAAGUCCUAGUUUGCAAUGAGAACGACGUCCCUGUAAUAGCAACGAAACCCAAGCCCCACGAAUUCACUUGGCCUCUCAUCAACGUAUUGUUCUAUAUUUAACAUUACCUUACACGUACUACGUCUUCAUAGUUAGUUUGUUUUCUUUACUGAACAUCCAGCAUGAUCAUCACCACUUCUCUUCAUCUGUAGGUCGCAACUGGUACAGCUCAUUUUUUAUUAUCAAUACCUAUAUCACAAAAAUGAAGUUGAUGUUGAGAAUCAAUGUUAGUAAAGAUUUUUUUACCUUACUAAGGUAGAGGAAGAUUCUGCAUUACUCGAUCCUAAUAGGAUACUUAUCUUGGACGAGUACUACUUUAAACAACUACGAACUACUAAAGAAUAGCACGUUUCUAAUAUUAUGACUGAAACAUCAAAGAGCAAAGAGUAUCCCUGUUUCUAUAUGUGAAUGCAUGUAAGUAAUCAUCUCUUUACUUAUUUUACGACUCUUCAAGAAAAAGUCAGGAUGAAGUUGCUUGACGAAGAUAGUUCUGUAUCGAGGACGGUUGCAGAAGGAGGUGCGUUCGUCGAAGCAAUGUCUCGCGCGCUUCCUGCACAUGAGGAGUCCCCAGUCGGUAACACAAAAAAUGUCAGUGGUAAAGCUGUCACUCCUCAAACGGCUGAUGCUGGUGGAGACGGAGGCCCUGACCAUUGUAAAGAUGAUCACGACCAGGAACACGGCCAGCACUAUCGAGGCGAUCCAGGAGUUCGAGAAGAUGUUCAACACAAUAUGAAUAAGACUAAGAACGUUUUUCAUGUGACCCGAAGCUCGAAAUUUCAAACUGAAGAGGAUAUCGUGAAUGCAUUUUCUGGAGAUGUUCUGCAUCUCGUCUUUGAUGAUUUGGCUUUGGAAAUCUCCUUCGCUGGCGGAGAGCGUCAGAUUCGCCGCAGAAGCUUCGAGGACGAUUCUACUUGUAGCAAAUUCCUACUGGAUGGUGAAGCUGGUUGCGUACUUUUCGAGGACGAUGAUGCUCCUGCAACAACGAUUCCACUGCCACCGCCAGAGAUGACGAAAGAGCGCUCAGCCAUUUGCAGGAAUUCAACCUUAUCUGAAGAUGACGAGAUUUAUAAACCUAUUGUUCCUGCUCCUGCUGCUCCAACUUCAACACGUGUUGAAGUUGAAGACAAAAGCACCAUGAGAGAUGCUAAAGCUGGAUCGAAACAAUCGUUUGGAAAAGGGGAGGACGUUCGUGGCGGUGCGGCGACUGCAAACGUGUACAUUAUAGAUGGAGGUCGUUGCAGUGAACGUGAUGAAUCACGACUGGUGAAACGAGACUCCACCAGGAGUAAUAAAGAAUUUCUACAACUACCGCGUUCAAUAGGUGGACCGCGACCCUUGAGUCCAAUACUAAAGACCACUACAGCAUCUACGCCACCAGUCAUGUUCGCCGAUUCGAGCACUCAGACCUUCGCCAAUGAAGAGGCGGCAGGCGGACUCACGCGAGAUUCUUCUGGACGUCCUACUAGUUCGCAAAGCAGUAUGUGUAUGCAGUCAAGAACUAUCACUACAGGAGUCGCAAGAUCUCAGGUGGGGGCUUCAUCUUCAAAGAACAUCGCUAGCCAACAAGAACAAGCACAAGCCGCAUCUGCAUCACGAAGACGUACAGGUGAAGUACACCAACAGCUUCGGCAUCAGAAUUCAGGAGUGACUUUUGCCAGCGAACGCGACGAGCAGCUUUUGUUUCGUACGGGAGAACUCCCAGAGCCUGUUCGGACGUUCGAGGACGACGCUGCGCAAAAACUGGGCAAGGUUGUGCGAGGAAAGCUAGUCCGGCACUCUGUUGAGCGGAUGCGCCGCGAGAUGAAUCUUGCCGCAGCUAAGAUCGCGGCCUUGUGGAAGAAACGGCUUCUAACAGGUCCACCGGGAGCAAAGGAUUUUUAUGAGGAUGACGACGAAUUAGACCCGGCGACGUGUGCAUCCUCGACGCCUUGUACGCCAAGUGCGUCGCCCACACUACUUGCAGGGGCAAGUACACGUGCAGAUGACGUCCACGCGGGUGGACAGUCAGUAUCCUCUUCCUCAUCGAGUGCAGCCCCUUCGAUAGCGUUUGCACCAUUCACCCGGUCUGUGGAAAAUGUCAACAACGUUCGCACUCAAUGGCGGGAGGGGAACAACAAGAACAACAACAACAAUCCUGACCUAGCAGAUUCUACGAGAGGUGCUUCAUCUACUUCUUGCAGCGCGACGAGCGGCGUGAAGAUGAUCGGUCCUUUCAUGGACAAGAAAGCUGUUUCAAGUACCUCCUAUAUGGACCUUCAUCCAGGAAAGAAGCUGCUGGAACCUCCCACCAAGUACUUGGAAGGUGAUAGUUGGGAAGUGGGAACACUACAAGAUGGGGGUGAGACAGCAUCCAAUGUUGCAACGUCGAAGAGGUAUCCCAAUUCUCAACGAGUUGAGCCUUCGUCCUCCUCAAAUAGGGCACAGCGAGGAUCCGAAACAUCUAGUGACAAUCCGUUCAACUACACUUUUACUGGACGACUGAUUUCUUCCGCAGAAUCGGGACAACGUCAACAGAAUUCCAGAGUUCUUCCAGCUGCCACUGAGCGUACGAAGACGCUUCCUCUGCUCUCAGAGAAUAUUGAGUUAAUGCGGAAACAGAUAUUCGAGGAGACAAACAUCGCCGCUAGCGAUAUCGAGUCCGAGUUCGCCCACAAGAAUCACCUCAACUUUUUCCAUUCGCCGGGUAGCUCCGUUUUCCAUCAUCAUUCUAACCAUAAUAUGCAGAUGGUGGAGCUAAGGUCAAAUCGCUCGGGGAGUGCAGAUCUGCGGUCGAACCGGUCCAAUCGGUCAGGAGGCACGGAGCAGCUGUGCUCCUCCGCGAUGUCCAUCUCGUCAGACACGAGUUCUCUCGAGUCGAUGAUGCGGGACAUCCAGGAGAUGGAGGAUGCGGACCUGGAAGACUUGGGCGACAUCGUCAACGAGCGCAUGCAGAAAGCAGUCGAGAAAAUUGUGGCAGUGAUGCGUGGACACCUGGAUCGGACGCAGACGGCCCAAAUGAAAAGCGAGAUGGUCACGGCAGCGAACACGAUCACGGCCUACUUCCGCGGAGCCAGGGAGCGGGCCGAAGUGCAGCGAGUGCGGUCGGCGAUGCAGACGGCAGCAACUAAAAUUCAAGCGGCCUACAAAAGUCGAGCCGGUGCAGCUAAGAGUCUUCAUGUAGAAGGAGGAGCCGUGGAGAUCAUUGAAAUAGGUCUGGGAGGAGGCGCGAUGAGAACCAUCGCGGAAGAAGAUGAUGACGAUGGUGACCUGGAUCCAACGCCAAGUCGCAUGCAUCUUCCCAACACUGGUGGAGCUUUUCGCACGCCAAGUCGUGGGGAUUCUCGUGGUGCUGUCGAAGUGAGAACAGUAAAGCAGCACGGGGCCGCUAGUCCGGAACAAAACGACUCUUGUGGAUUGCCGUCUGCUGUGACAAGAGAUGGCAACAACAACCAUGGAACACCAGCAGCAGGAUCUUCGUCAUCCACCGUACUUUCUGGAACAUCUUCACUUGUCAACCAAGUUCAUCAUCUUCCUGUUGAGGACGAGGAGGAUGAGGAGGACGCGGCCGCUGGACAAAUCAACAACGUGAUUUCGGCGGAGAUUGAGCGAGCCUGCGAGAACAUUUCGCGUCAGGUUCCUUUUGUGGCUGGUGCAGAUGAUGAUGCGCGAAUCGAGAUCAUUUCCGACGAAACUAUGGCAGCGGCGACGAAGAUAGCCGCGUUCAUCCGUGAGGUCCGUGCGCGAAACGUGCUCAGUGGAGACGCGGGAAUUCAUCCGCAUUUUAGUGAAGCAGGAACUCUAAUAGAGGGGGAUGGAGAUGGACGAGGGUUCGGAACCUCAUUGAUGUCAUUAGCGGCAAGUGGCCAUUCCCAUUUCCUUCGCUCAACGACAUCAUCAUCUCACUUAAAUUUUACUGACGAUCCGAUUAUGCGAGAGCGGGAACUGCAUGAGGUGCAGCUCGAAACGGAUAGAGUAAAAUACGAAAUGGGGAAGGCUGUAAAGCGAAUUAAUGACGACAUCCGCGAACGCUCGCAGCUCCGCAAAAACAGGGCAGAAAGCUAUCUGGCGUCCAUGAAAAAUCAAAAAAGUUGGUGA